ACAUCAAUCGAAAUGGACAUAAAAAAGAGUCAUUGGAUAUACAGUCAAAUCCCGACGCGAUUUGUAUUUGUAUUUUUCAGUUUCUUCGGCUUUGUGUUGGCUUAUGCUUACAAAGUGGUGCUGAGUGUGGCCAUCGUGUCAAUGGCCGGCGAAAAGCCGAAGACAAAUGGGAGCCGAUUGGACGACACGUGUUGGACUAAUGAUAGUUUCAGUGCAUCUCUAGCUAAAAGUGAUCAUAAGGUGGGAGAGUUUAGUCAAUGGGAUGAUCACACACAGGCCAUCAUUUUGGGCGCAUUUUUUUACGGUUAUAUUAUAACACAACUGCCGGCCGGAAAUUUGGCCGAAAAAUUUGGUGGUAAAUGGAUUUUCGGCGGAAGUAUUUUAGUUGCAGCUAUACUAUCGUUGUUAAGUCCAAUGGCCGCACGCGUCAGUUAUGUACUAUUUAUUGCCGUAAGAAUUGGUCAGGGAUUAGCUCUGGGAGUAUUGUUUCCCUGUAUUAAUGCAAUGAUAUCGCGAUGGAUGCCUAAAAUGGAAAGAAGUCGCGGAUCAACACUUGUAUUCACGGGAUCACCGAUUGGAACAGUUAUUACUCUACCAUUGGCUGGAGUUCUCUGUGACAGUGAUUUCUUAGACGGCUGGCCAUCCAUUUUCUAUGUGUUGGGUAUUGCAGGCUGUGUUUGGUUUGUUUUGUGGGCACUUCUCAUACAUGAAAGUCCUGAAUCUCAUCCGUACAUCACUACUGAAGAGUAUGAAUAUAUUAUAUCAGAUCAACAACAGAAUAGAAAUAAAAAGAGAAGUGUCACCCCAUGGAAGGACAUAUGGACGUCAGUUCCUGUCUAUGCACUUAUAAUAACACAUUUCGGUCAGAACUGGGGAUUCUUAACAAUAUUAACAUUAUUGCCCACAUAUUUCGAGAAAGUGCUGAAUCUUGAAGUUAAAAAUAAUGCAUUGAUGUCUGCACUGCCCUAUCUUUGUCAGGCAAUUGUUGCUUGGAUUGCAUCCUUCAUAAGUGAUAAACUAAGACAAAGAGGAACCGUUAGUAUUAAUGUCAUCCGCAAGACUAACAAUACAAUUGCAUUCAUGGGUCCGGCUCUGUGUCUAAUAGGUGUAGCAUUUGCCCGAUGCAACACAACUCUUAGUAUAUCACUGUUUAUAUUGGGAAUGGGUUUGAAUGGUUGCAAUUAUCCCGGCUUUAAUUCAACACACGUUGAUAUGGCACCAGAAUAUUCUGGCACUUUAAUGGGUAUUACUAACAGUAUUGGAAACAUUCCCGGUUUUAUAGCACCGUUGGUUGCCGAAGCUUUCUAUGAGAAAGGGCACACAUUAACCAACUGGUCGUAUGUUUUUUACUUAUCCGCUGUUAUAUAUAUUAUCAGUGCAUUAGUUUAUAUAGUGUUUGCAUCGGCAGAGUUGCAGACAUGGGGUAUAUCUCGUGAAGAGACGAUUCAGUUUAAUAAAGAAAAACGUUUUAAAAACCCUGAAUAUAAUGUCGAUAAAGUUGUUAAUAAUAUUUAA